UCGACUCACCCUCAUCCUCUCUCUCUUCCGUUGUCAAUUCUGCUUGCAUCUCGCCCCAUUUUUGGCUCUUUUGUCAAGAGAAAGCUUGACGGCGAGAGUGCUCCAGCAAUGGCGAUCGUAAUCGACCUUUGCAGUGAUUAUUGAUUCAAUCCUCUCGAUUUUACGUUCGUUUUCAUCCGAAAUAGUGUAGGCUUGCGAUCGGUUUCUCGUUCGUGUUUUAGUUUUUUUUUUCUGAAUAAAAUUAAUGGCUGCGGUGGCGGACAAGGCGGUUGGGGCGGAUGAUCAGUUCAUCCGCCGCCAACCGGAGGCGUCGGAGGUAUACCACCGCCAGCCGGAGGCGUCGGAGGUAUACCAGAGCGACGUGCGGAAGCUUGUCGAUUUGAUUUCCAAUCUGAAUCCGGCCGCCGAGGAGUUCUUCCCUUCGAAUUACACUGUCUCCGCUUCCGCCGCCGGCGGCACUCAGAAACCCAACGGUCGGCUUUCUGCCGAUGCGCCCAUUUUCGUGGCGUUCUGUGGUUAUGGAGAUGGACCGAUUAGCAAUGGUGGUAAUAGUAGGGACUCGAGCAGUGAUGGAUCGUCGAAUAAUCAGCUUAAUCGCCAAUGGAGAAAUGGCUAUCCUCAAGGUCGGAGGAGGAUGAAUGAUAGAGCUCGGAGAGCUGAGAACGAGCGUAGCAUUAGGCGUACUAUUUAUGUAUCUGAUCUUGAUCAGAAUGUGACUGAGGAGAAGCUUGCUGAAAUAUUUUCUAACUAUGGGCAGGUAGUUGAUUGUCGUAUUUGUGGCGAUCCCCAUUCAAUUUUGCGGUUUGCCUUUGUAGAGUUUUCAGAUGAGGAUGGUGCGAUGAAAGCUUUAAACCUUGAUGGGGCUGCGAUUGGUUGCUCUUCGGUGAAAGUCUUACCCUCAAAGACUGCAAUCAUACCCGUGAAUCAAAAGUUUCUUCCUAAAUCUAAGGAUGAAAAUGACAUGGUUAUCAGGACUGUUUACUGCACAAAUAUUGACAAAAAGGUAACUCAAACAGAUGUCAGAACUUUCUUUGAGCAAUGCUGUGGUGAGGUUUCUCGUCUCAGACUCCUCGGUGAUAAUGUACACUCAACUCGUAUUGCAUUUGUUGAAUUUGUUCAGGCAGAAAGUGCAAUUACAGCACUAACAUGUAGCGGCAUGAUUCUAGGAGCUCUGCCUAUCAGGGUGAAUCCUUCAAAGACACCUGUGCGGCCACGCAUGCCACGCUUUGCCUCCAGUUGAAUCGAGUUCCAUGACCAUUUCUCUCCGGCAAUUCUGAGUCGAAUCUCAUAUGUUGCUCAUUUAAUGCUUUGUUCCUCUUCUUUUCGGCUAUAAGAGCCAAAGAAACUUGAUAGGGAUCCUUAGUUUCUAUAGCUAUAACUAGUUAUCUGAACAGCCUCUUAUUUAACUGGAUAGCCUUUGAGUUAAUGUUGUCUGGUAUGCUUUAAUUUGUGAGAAAAUAAAUUAUCUAAAUUGGUAUUUAA